AUGAUAGCCCCAUCAGCAGUUUCUGCGGAUGUUGCAGAGGCGUUGGAGGUACAAGCAGAGACUCCAGCUGCAACAACGCAGCUGAGGCUUGAAAUUGGAUCCAAAGUGAUUCCUCACCCAGACAAGGCAUCGUAUGGUGGCGAGGAUGCAUUCUUCACAAGCAACUCUGGGGGUGGAGCUUUGGGAGUGGCGGAUGGAGUGGGCGGCUGGCAGGAGAGCGGCAUCAACCCUGCAGAGUACUCGCGGACCUUCAUGCGGAUCGCCUGCCACUACUUGGAGGGCAAGGACAUCCACCCGGUGACGCCGGGCGAGGUGGAAGCCGGCUCUGUGCCGCUGGACGCCAGCGCAUCCGACGCAUCCUCCACCACCGGAGAGGACUCCGAGGAAGUCAGGACAGUAGGCUCAGAUCAGGUGGCCGACAUCCUGACAGCCAGAGGGGCCCUAGCAGCGGCGCAUGCCGGAACCAGGCUGCCCGGCUCCAGCACAGCAUGUGUGCUGCGGCUCAACAGACCGCACCGGACCAUAGAGGCUGCCAACCUGGGAGAUAGCGGGUUCAUGCUCGUGCGAGACGGGGAGGUGGUGUUCAAGUCCCCCGUGCUGCAGCACUUUUUUGACUGCCCGCUGCAGUUCGGCGCGUGCCCGGACUACUCCGAAUCCACCGAUACGGCGGAGGACGCGGCCGUGUUUGAGCUGGCGGUGCAGCCGGGCGAUGUGCUGCUGGCUGGCAGCGACGGCCUCUGGGACAACUGCUACGACAUCGACCUGCUGCAGCUUCUCCCUGACCGCGCCGAAGCCGUGGAUCAGGCUGCGGGAGCAAUCGCAGCGCUGGCGAGGCAGCACGCCAGUGACAACACAUACAGGUCGCCCUACACAGAGGAGGCCAUGCGGCAGGGGUAUGACCUGCCUUGGUGGGAGAAGAUCACCACUGCCUCGUUUGAGGACGGCCAGUUCAAGCUGGGGACUCUCAGGGGAGGGAAGAUCGAUGACAUCACAGUGCUGGUGGCUGUUGUUGUGGAGGAAGACGUGCCAGCACCAACCCGGCUGCCAGAGUCGCCUCUUGCCAAGCUUCUUAAAGCCCAGAACAGCAAGCAGCUGCCCCGCCUGAGAAUUGCCACCAAGGUGGCUCCUUGCGAGCAGAGCACCUGCACCAACGGCCAGAAGAUUGUGGGAAUUUCCCGAGAGGAACACUGCAGCAGCGGCCGUGCCUCGCACUCUUCUUCUCUGAGCAGGAGCUCGGAUCCGAUUAGCAUUCCAGAGAUGUGCAGGUCUCACAGGUCGCUCCCAGUACAAGGCCAGAUCCACGAAGACCUUUCGCUGGACGCCGACGCACUGUGCAUGCUGCGCUUGUCGCCCCCAGCCGAAGUGGCGGCAACCAGCCGGGCGUCGUCCGAUGACCCUGCUGAAAGCGGCCCUUCGGCGCUUACGCGCAAUGCGGACGCUACCACUGUGACAUCAGAGUUUGAGACGAUCGCUGUUUUGCAGCUGCGGGGCCUGGAGUGUCACGCAAAGCAGGGGGACGAUGAGCUGCACAUGGUGUCCCUGGUGCACUCCAUGCGGCUGGCAGCAGAAGAGCAUGACAGAAUGUUGCUGGAGUGCGCGCUACUGAAAGCACGGAGGCACUCCUGCGAUGACUGCAUCUUUGACCUGGAUCUCAGCGGGGCCUGCAGCACGGUGCCUGUUGUCGCUGUGCACCAGCGCUGCAUCACAGCAUAG